AUGUCGUUCAACAGUGGCAGCCAUCCGCCGACGCUCCUGGCGCUCUCGUCAUCGUCGUCGAUGCGGGCAUCGUACGGCACGCGCCCAAAGUCGGUCGACGACGCGGCGCCCGAGGAUCCGAUGCAAGCGCUCGUCGGCCGGCUCCGUCAGGUCCACACAGCACACCUCUGGGACGUUGGCAGCGAUACGAGUAGCUCGGCGUCGCCGGGCGGCUGGGCCAUCAACUAUCUGCUUCUGGAUCUCGACACGCUCAUUCGUUUCUUGCGCGAGAAGCGCGACCAAGUGAAUGUGAAGCGCGACCAAGUGAAUGUGGUCGAGAACGAGUCGUCUGCGCCAGCCUCGUUCUGGCGCCGGCCGUUCCAAGCAGAGGCAAAGCACAAGGCGCUCUUGUACGGCCACAAGGAGUGGCGCGACGUGCAGCGCAAGGCCGUGAAGCUGGGCGUCGCCGACCUCAUCGUGAGCUUCCUCCCGCCGCUCCAGAGCCCGUCGUCCAGCUCAACACUCCAAUUGCUUGACAAGAGUGCCUCGUCGUCGUCGUCUCUGCGCUCGUCGUCGUCGUCAUCGACACCCCCCGCGGUGCUGCGCACAACCGAGCACAGGUCCACCGCCAUCCACGAGCACAUGGCCGCGAUGGAGUCCAAGCUGCUGGAGCUCGCGUACGAAUUCGUGGCCGGCGGGUGUCUCUAUGCGCAGAACGCACUCUACGAUGCGUUCCUUGACGCGCAUGACCGCGUCCGCGCCUUUCUCAUGAUGUCGAUGGCGGCGCGUCAUCGCGCCUGUGACGCGCUUGUCGUGCUGCAGCAGCUCUGCGAGAACCACCACACGGCGUGGCAAGCCUUUGUGCGCGGGUCCGAGACAUCGUUCUUGGCGGUGAGCAUUCGGCAGCUCCGCGAUGUCUACGGGCGCGACGUGCCGGUUUCCUUGGAUGACACGUAUCUCGUGCAUGCGCUUUUUGCUUUCUUCAUCGAAGCGUGUCAAGGUCCCGACGAAGAGAACCAGCUGCAACUCGCGUCGUCUAGAGCGCUCUCGCUGUUUUGCGACUUUGCCGUGCACGACGUGGUGUACCACAUCGAUGUACCGCUGCCGGUGCAGCGCACGCUCCAGCGGCUCGCAAGUGAGACUCUCUUGGCGGUCCUUGAAGGCGCGACGGCCGAGUGCAUUCCCAACCUACUUGCGACGGCGCUCACCGCGGACCGCGUCCUCACGCGGCUUUUGGCCGACGAUGCGGUCUUGAGGUCUAUGGCAACGCCGACUGAGAGUGACGUGUUUGUCGCGGGCGUGGAUUUGGUGCAUGUCGUCUUGCGUCUCACGAACGGCCACCUUACGCCAACCGACGGCGUCGUGCUCGGAGCGUCGGCCAUCGAUAGCUUUCGCCUCGAUUGGGACGAGCUCGAGACGAAGUGGAAGGCUGCCGGCGCCAUGCGGCGGUUUCGCGCGCCAAUGGUGUCGGUCGAGGUUGCGCGCCGCGGCACGUCGUUCACAGUCUUCUUCCUUCUCCCGACAACUGCAUCGUUCUUUGACAAAGGUCUGCGCAAGCGGUUUCUCGACUCGAUGGACCUCGGGGCCGACGAUGCGCUGCAAGUGCUCACCUCGCAUCAUGCGCAAGAACUGGCUCAAGAGCUGCGGGUGAUGCAGUGGCUCCAGCGCCACUGGCUGUACGCUCGCCUCGGAUCCUGGAAUUGGCGCCUCCGGCAGCUCAUGCUGUACUUGUCCGGCUACAUCAACUUUGUGCUCGUGCUCACGCUCCAGUACCCGUCGACAGCGCCGACGUCCAGCAACGUUGCCGCCAAAACCGCCGCGAUGGACCUCAUUCUUUGUGUUUUGGGCGUCGGGCUCGUUGUGCUUACGUCCCUUCUCUGGGCAUUCCACUGGGUCCAAACGCUUUGCUUUAGCUACGCCAAGCACCACAUCACGCUCGCCAAGCUCCAGCUGUGUUCGUCGCAGGUCAUUACGGACCGUGUGUGGCGUGCGUUUCGCCACGUCAUUUUCCUACUGCAGCUCUUUGCAUCGACGUUUUCCAUCAUUGUCUUUUUGUACUCAGCCGACGAUCGUGCGACCCAAGUGCUCGGCUGCGGCGCUUGCCUCGAGACCACGAGGUCCUUCUUUGCCGCGGUGCGCACGGCGACGGGCAUGCACCGUACGCUCGUGGCCGACACUGGCACGUACCGCGAGAUGUGCGGUCCCCGCAGCGUGCUCGCGUCCAAUCUCAUGUUUUGGUACUGCGUUCUGUACGACACGUUUUUCGCAGGUCCUGUGUUGCUCUUUGGCGCGUACACGCUCUGCGCGGUGCUGGCGCUGCAGCCAUUUUCAUGGGCCUACCUCUUUUACGGAUUUCCGCUUCUCGACAUUCUCGAAACCAACUCGCGGCUCAACUUUAUCGCCACAGCCAUGCGCACCAACCUCGGCAAGCUCGGUGUCACGGCCGUCUUUGGCGCAAUCGUCAUGUACAUUUUCUCGCUCGUUGGGUUUUUCCUCCUCCAAGACGAAAUGACGAGCGACGACCAAGUUGCGCAUUGCUCGACUUUCUUGAGUGCUACACGACGACGAUUCGCUACGGUCUGCUCUCGGGCGGUGGGCUUGGCGACUACAUCUCGUCGACGCUCAACCACGAGCUCGAGUACGACAAGCCGGCGCGGUACUUUGAGCGGAUGGUCUUUGACAUGGCGUUUUUCAUCAUUGUCAUCACGCUUUUCCUCAACAUGAUCCAAGGGAUCAUCAUCGACGCCUUUACGUCCGUGCGCGAAGCGUCCGAGCAAAAGAUUACGAUCAAGCGCGAGCGCUGCCUCGUGUGCAACCGGUCGCGCAACGCGAUUGAGGUCGCGGGUAUGGAGAAGGGUCUCCUCAACAACUUUGGCCGCCACACAGAGACCGAGCACAAUCUCUUCCACUACUUUUUCUACAUCCAAUAUGUCCUCGGUAAGGACGACAAGGAGCGCAACGGUAUCGAGUCGUACGUCUACGAGAAGCUCGAGACCAGCGACAUGUCGUGGAUCCCGCGCGUCUAAUUUCAUUAACGUUAAGAUAUUCGAAGUUGCAGGA